UCAAGUGUCCUGCGCCCCGUCGAGCGCCGGCCUCGCCAUGAGUUUCCCGCGGCCCCUGCGCAGAGCAGUCAGCUUGACCCCAGCGCGGACUCUGAGGCUGGUGGUGCUGGGACAGGGCGCCGUGGGCAAAACAGCAUUGACGGUAAGAUUCAUCACCAGGCGAUUUAUUGGUGAUUAUGACCCUACUUUAGAGAUGAUUUACAGGCACACAGCAGUCAUAGAUGGAGAAAUGGUUCAUUUUGAAAUUCUUGACACAGCAGGGCAGGAGGAAGAUUCUCUCCAAAUUGAAGAAAAGAUUAAGUGGGGAGAUGGAUUUGCUGUAGUUUAUUCUGUCACUGACAGGUGUAGCUUUGAUGAGGUGAUGAGGUUGUGCUUUCUCAUCAACCACAUCCAUUCUAGCCCAAAGCGGAACAGUGGCAGUGGAGAACCUCCAGUUGUGAUUGUUGGAAACAAGAAGGACCUGCAGUUUGACCGAAUGGUGUCCUCUGAGGAUGGAGAAAAUCUCUCCAAGGCUCUGAAGCAUCCUUUCUAUGAGAUCUCUACCAGGGACAACUAUGAAGAGACUGUUGUGGUCUUCAACACCUUAUAUAGUGAGCUGAUGAAGCAAGGGCAUUUUUCCCCAGGGUCCUUCAAGAGGCGAGCAUCAUCUAAACUAAUGGAAAAGAUUCCCAAAAUUCAUGCCAAUUCAAGUCUAACCUCGGCAGGCAGGAGUCUCAGCUUCAAUUCAUUCAGGGACUACAUCCCAGAGUGAACAUUGGUCUAAACCAUUGUACAGUGAUGUUCAAAGCACACAGAGCCAGCUGGAGAUAACAAAGGAGAGGCUGCAGAAUUGGUAGCACAAAGGGCAGGAGGCCUGCACAUUGUUAGGAAAGCUUUUUAAAAAAAUACACUAAAAUUGGAACAUCUGAGUUGGAUCCUUAGCUGAUAGCACAAGGCUAUGUGAUGCAGUGAAAUAGUCUACUGGAUCAGACCAAAGGACAACCUGUUCCUGAAUUUUGCUUUCCAAACCGUGCUUUUGAAAACCUAACCAGAAGGCAAUGUUUCUCUUUUUUUCAUUAUUGUCCCCUAACAAUUAAUAUUCAGUAACCCACCAACUCUGGCCUUAGGGGUUCCAUUUAGCCAAUGUGUCUAAUAUACUUAACUUGGCCCAUUCUCUCCCAUUUUAAACCAAUCUAAGCCAGUAGCCAUCUUAAUGGCAAAGGAUUCUAAAAGUAAGUUUGUUGUAUCAUGUUCCCCUUUAAAGAGUAGUCUUUUAAAUUUGGAUUUAAGAGCACUAUAGAACUCCAUUGGGUUGGGGGCCUUUUUAUUUUCGCUUCAACAACAAGAAAGGCAGUAAAACUAAAUGUCUUUGCAAAUGGAAACUUAAGUUCAACAAUAGCUGAGCUUCGUUAAGUGUUGAUAUCUCUUUUAUGUGGUCUACAACAGUGGCUUAAAAUGACUUAAAAUGUUCUGUUAUCUCUCUGGUUCUUGCUACCAGUUUGUCUUUUCCAACAAGCAUAACAUGCUAUGCAUCUUUUACAGACUGAUUAAGCGCAUUGGUGCCAUUAGUUUUUAAUGGAUGCAGUAAAAAAAAAACCACCCUUAAUUUAUUCAGAUGUAUUUAGCCCACUGAAAAUGUUUGCUUGAUCUAUAGGCUUGGGUAAAAGGGAGCCUUAUUUGCAUAAGAAGGUACGGUGACAUCAGACUUCCUGGCCAGAGGGAAGAGAUGAAUUCAAGGAAUUGGGCAAGCUUAGAGGAUCCUACAGCUUAGUGUUUAGAUGCCCAUUAAGUCUACUGUCAGGCAAUUCCAGGUACUCUUUCCCAAAGUAAUUUGAAUUCAGAUAACUUCAGGUAGUGUGGAUGCUAUGACCCAAGAAUAUGUUCACCUGCCUCCCCACUUUUCAGAUUUUGCUUGAAAGUGUGGAUAUAUGAAGCUGUCUCACAAUGAGGGUCCUUCUAGCCCAGGACUUUCUGCUUGGACAGAUAAGAACUCUUUAACAUCUCAGCUUCACUGUUUCUUCAGAUGCUUUAGCAAACAUGCUAGUUUGUUGUCUUUAUUUAAAGAAAAAAUAACUGGAGAAAUGCUCAAAGCAUAUAUGGCUUGCCAGAGAUCUAUUGUCCCUCCUCAAGCUAUUUUUUCCCUUUGGAAGCUUCAUCUACCAUGCUAAUAUGCUGCUCAGACUCCCAGGCACUUGCUGUUCUGGAAGGAGAGAUGACAGAUUAGUCGGUUCAGCUUGUUCCCUAAGGCUUCCACAUGGCUUCUCCGCAUUGGAAAACAGCCGCCCGCUCACUGCCCACUUCUUUCCAGUGGUUUGUAUGGCUUCUGUAUAAUGCAACACACACAAAAAAGUCUUGUGUCCUAAACAUGCAGAUAUUUUACGUACACCUUGAGGGAUGCUCUGUAUUUCUAGAAAUAAUAAAUGUGUCUGUACUAAUUUCUCUGGCUCUUGCUCACUAUCCAAGAUUUGUG